AUGGACGGACAACACCCAGCAAGCCCUGAACAGGGAGCUGCAGCUGGAAACGAGGUAGAUACCGAAAACCAUGUCACCUUCGCUGAGCCAGCUGGCAUGAUGGACGAAGCUGCCCGACUUCGGAAUCUCGACGCCCAAGUCCGCGACCAAGACGACCUGGAACGAGGAAUCGGGCGCGAAGCCGAUCGACUUCUAUUCGAACAAGCUCAGCAGAGAGACCAGCAACGCCUCGAGAAGUCCAAAGCACAGAAACAAAAGUUGCUGAAUCAAAUUAAGAAGACCAGAGAUGACAUUAGCCGUCCCAUCGGCACCACUCAACGUGGACGCCUGCACCUGGAUGUCGAGCGCAUGCAAGGUCAAAUCCAUGAUUUGGACAACGAUAUUUCCGAGAUCGAAGAGCGUAUGGCGGAGAGAGAAACCAAUGCUGGCGCUACCGGACAAGAAACCGGCGCAUCGACCGGACGAUUGCCAGGCGAGAGCCAGCGUGAUUUUCUCAUCAGGACCGGGAAGAUCACCCCGUUCUCGAACUUCGGGCUGUCGACCCAUGGAGAGUCGUCCGCAACUCUUCAGGGGGCGCUUCUAGACGCCGAAGAGGAGCCCGACCUUGGCGAGAUUGAAGUCGGCGCACGAGGUGGGAAGUCUAUGUCACAUCGAAAUUUGAGGCAGCCAGGCUUCGCUUCCAACUUUGUCGACUCAAGUGCCGAAGGUGACGUGGAUUCGGAGCAGCCGCGUAAACGAAGACGAGUUGCUAAAGAACUGUCCCCAGCGGAUGAAGAAGCCUCUUAUGACGAAGGAUCGCUCGAAGGCGACCUGCUCACGGAGUCACAAGAGGACCUUGAAGAGGACAUGCCCAGUACCCAUGGGAAGAAGCGAAGAGCAGCCCGAAAGUCAGUGGCUCGAACAGAUGAUGAGGUCGAAGAUUUUCGUGGUGUUGACGAUGGCAAUGAGAAUGGCUAUCAGUCAAGACUUCAGAGAUGGGCUAUGCGCAGAAGGAACGCUCGAAGACAGGCAGCCCAUGGUGCAGAACAGCCAGGAGAGGACGGACUUGACGAAGAUGACCCAGCCGUCAUUGCUGAGGAAGAGUGCUUUCUGCCACAUCCCGAAAUUCCAGACACCGUCCUUGAUGCUGGCUACAAGUUACCCGGAGAUAUAUACCCUAGCUUGUUCGACUACCAGAAGACCGGGGUGCAGUGGCUCCAUGAGCUCCACAUUCAACAAGUAGGCGGAAUCAUUGGUGAUGAAAUGGGUCUCGGCAAGACAAUUCAGAUUAUCGCCUUUUUGGCUGGUCUUCAUUACAGCAAAAGAUUGGACAAGCCUAUCAUCGUCGUUUGUCCUGCUACGGUCAUGAAGCAAUGGGUCAAUGAAUUUCAUCGAUGGUGGCCACCGUUCCGAGUGACCAUCCUUCAUUCCUCCGGCAGUGGUAUGAUCAACGUCCGAAAUGAAGCCAGCAAGGAAGAUAGUCUUGUUGAUCUCGAGUGGGAUCCCAAUGCUGGAAACCGACCACUCACUGGGGCUCAGAAGGCAGCACAGAGGAUUCUGAGGCCAAUCCUCGAGAAAGGAGGUGUUCUAGUGACGACAUACUCUGGCCUUCAGACUUACGCGCCGCUUCUCAUUCCAGUCGAUUGGCAGUAUGCGGUCCUAGAUGAAGGGCACAAAAUCAGAAACCCAAAUACAGCCAUCACGAUAUACUGCAAAGAACUGCGGACUCCCAAUCGGAUCAUUCUGUCUGGUACACCUAUGCAGAACAACCUCAUAGAGCUGUGGUCGCUCUUCGACUUUGUCUUCCCUAUGCGACUGGGUACGCUGGUUAACUUCCGCAACCAGUUCGAGAUACCGAUUCGUCAAGGCGGCUACGCGAAUGCAUCGAACUUGCAAGUGCAGACUGCUUUCAAGUGUGCAGAGACGUUGAAGGACGCCAUCAGCCCCUACUUGUUGCAACGUUUCAAAAUCGAUGUUGCUUCUGACCUACCCAAGAAGAGCGAGCAGGUCUUGUUUUGCAAGUUGACAUCUUUGCAGCGCAAGGAAUACCAGAAAUUCAUCACUUCAGGAGAAAUGGAUGCCAUCAUGACCGGCAAGCGACAGGUCCUCUACGGUAUCGAUCUGCUCCGAAAGAUCUGCAACCAUCCGGAUCUCACGGACCACAAGCGUCUUCCGGGCAAAUCUGGCUACGACUACGGGAAUCCAGCGAAAUCAGGCAAGAUGCAGGUCGUGGGCUCGCUCCUGGAGCUGUGGCGAGAUACUGGGCACAAAACACUUCUGUUCGCUCAGCAUCGUAUUAUGCUUGAUAUCCUGGAGAAAUAUGUAAGAUCACUCUCGGGAUUUAAAUACCGCCGCAUGGACGGCAACACGCCGAUUCAGACGCGGCAGAGUAUGGUCGACGAGUUCAAUACCGACCCAGAUCUGCAUGUCUUCCUGUUGACCACCAAAGUCGGAGGGCUAGGUAUCAAUCUAACUGGAGCCGACAGAGUCAUCAUCUAUGAUCCCGAUUGGAACCCUUCAACCGAUCUACAAGCCCGAGAACGAGCUUGGCGGUUAGGCCAGAAGCGCGAAGUGACCAUUUACCGCCUGAUGACGGCUGGCACUAUUGAAGAGAAAAUAUACCACCGUCAGAUCUUCAAACAGUUCUUGACCAACAAGAUCCUCAAGGAUCCGAAACAGCGGCAGACGUUCCAUCUGAAUGACUUGCACGACCUUUUCAGCCUUGGCAACGAAGGAGACGAAACAGAGACCAGCAAGCUAUUCCAAGAUGCACAGGUUAAGCAUUCGACGAAGCCUGCUGAUGCUCCGACAGCCGUGACAACAGCUGAUGAGAAUCAGUCAGCGCCUGCUAAUACCGAGACAAACAUCGAGGCCUUACCGGGCAUCUCUUCCAUGGAACAAUACGCUGGAGAGGUGGAGGAAGAGGAACAGGCGAAGAAGGACCCCACGAACAACUCAGAAGAUAGAGUUAUGGAAGGUAUCUUCUCUCGCGCUGGUAUCCACUCUGCGGUAGAACAUGAUGCCAUCAUUGACGGGAAAACGCAAAAGAAAGUCGCAGCAGAUCCUGUGAUGAUCGAGCAAGAGGCUCGGAAAGUAGCCGCUGAAGCGGCCAAAGAGUUGCGCCGUGCUGGUGAGGUUGCCCGCACUGUGCCAAUUGGGACACCAACCUGGACCGGGCAAUUUGGCGUGGCCGGGCGGCCGCAGGAGACCACAGCUCGGAAUGCAUUCAGCUCCAACUCGCGAAGUAGAGGCGGCGGUCUACAGUCAUCAAGCCUGCUGGCCAACCUGCAACGUCAGGGCAACCAUCUACCUUCCCGUGGUGGCACUCCAAGAACAGCAAGCCCAGCUAGAUCAUCUGGUUCGGCAGCCUCAGUUUCGAGAGAAGGAACGCCGACCCUGCCUAGGGGCAAGGACUUUGGCAAACUCAUCCGUGACUACCUUACCACGCAUGGAGGGAGUGUGUAUACCCAGAUGCUCAUUGACCACUUUAACCGAUACUGCACCACGGCGCAAGCAACGGCUGAGUUCAAGGAGACGCUAAAGUUGAUUGCCAGGCUUGAGAAGGGUAGUCGUGGCCGUGGUCGAUGGGUGCUGAAGGAUGAAUACAAGUCGUAG